CAACGAGCGAGGUAGCGGUAACGGCGCUUCUGGGCAGAGGCCAGGACCUCGCUCGCUCAAUUGAAGGCUUGCUUACCUCCGGACCUUUGACUGCUCAGUAUUUAGUCGAGGUUGCCAGUCGCUGCUCCAUCUCCCUGACUUGCCGACCUCAACAUCGCAUUCACUUCGUCACCUUACACACCCUUCAGCCAGCCAAGAUGCCUUAUACUCCACGCAAAGCUUACAUCGUCGGGGUGGGCAUGACCAAGUUCGACAAGCCUCGAGGAGAGAGGGACUACCCCGAGCUCGGACUUGAGGCUACCGUCAAGGCCCUCAUUGAUGCGGGCAUAACUUAUGACCACGUCGAGACUGCAGCUGUUGGGUACUGCUAUGGCGAUUCUACAUGUGGACAACGAGUCCUCUAUCAAUUGGGACUCACACAGAUCCCCGUUCUGAACGUCAACAACAACUGCUCAACUGGCUCUUCCGCCGUUGCCAUUGCUGCCAAUGCCAUCAUGUCUGGCCAGGUAGAGUGUGCCCUCGCCUUGGGCUUUGAGAAGAUGGCUGCCGGCUCGUUGGGCUCAGCCUGGAACGACCGUGCUCCCCCGAUGGAAGGUACUAUGAGCCAACUCUUCGAGAUCGAAGGCGACAAGGAGUACGAGGUGGACGACUUUGGCCCCUUUGCCGCUCGAAUCUUCGGGGCUGCUGGACAGGAAUACUGCGAGCGCUACGGAGCUACGUGGGACCACAUUGCGCAGAUCUCUGCCAAAAACCACAAGCACUCGGUCAACAACCCUUACUCUCAAUUCCGAGCCUCUCCUUCUGCAGAGGAAGUGUCAAAGGCGAGGAAGAUCACCCGCGAGCUGACGCUGCCCAUGUGCAGCCCUACCUCGGACGGUGGUGCUGCCGUCAUCGUUGCCUCUGAAGACUUUGUCAAGGCGAACAAGCUGGAGGAUCGCGCCGUUGAACUCGCCGGUAUGGGUAUCGCUACCGACUCUCCGCGUCUGUACGAGGACAAGUCCCGCAUCGAGCUCGCAGGCGCAGACAUGAGUCGUCGAGCUGCUCAGAAGGCAUACCAGCAAGCCGGUGUAGGUCCCAAGGACAUCCAAGUCAUCGAGCUCCACGACUGCUUUGCCGCCAACGAGCUCAUCCUCUACCCUGCUCUCGGCCUCUGCGCUGAAGGCGACGCUCACAAAAUCGUCGAAGCCGGUGACAACACCUAUGGCGGCAAGUGGGUCAUCAACCCUUCUGGUGGACUAGAAUCCAAGGGACAUCCCUUGGGCGCAACUGGUGUGUCCGCCGUAGUGUACCUCUCUCUGCAAGUGCGUGGCGAGGCAGGAGCGAUUCAGGUCAAGGAUAGGGAGGUCAAGUACGCUCUGUCUAACAAUGUCGGCCUGGGUGGAAGCGCAGCAAGUUUCAUUCUGACCAAGCCUCCCUUCUACAAGGAAGGCGGACACAACAAGGACCGCUUUGGGUAUGAUCUCGCUAGCGAAGUGAGACCCGUGAGCGAGGAGGAGUUGGCAAAGGUGCGCUCCAAGCACAUCUCCGAUUACGUACCUCCUUCGCUCCCAGAGUCGAAGCUUUGAUUGCAACUCAAACCCCUACUUGGUUCGUGUGUAUACUAGUAUCCCUCUGUUCUCCUUGUUCGCUUCAAUCGCCUUCAUCUGAGCACAUACCGUAGUCUGGGUACGAGCAACCUAUUGUGGGCGAACAGCCGCUAUCAGUACUAUACACAGAUUCCUGUUGGUAUCUCUCUAUGUCAU